AUGGGUGACUGGGAAGGUGAAUCAGAUAAAAAACACAUGUUUGAAAUAUAUGUAAAACAACUGGAGUUAGAAGUCGAAAGCAAGAAGAAUGUCAGAUUAUCAUGGGAAUCAGGAGAACAAAAGUCAACGACCGACAAUGUACUCCUAUAUCCUGGACUAACAAAACACCGAGUUGAUGAAAGAUUAGUUAUCACUAAACGACUCAUCCCAAAUGAGAAAAACACUACUAAUCUAAAGGUUCAUGAGGUCGACAAAAAAUCCGAUAUCAUUUUAUUGGGUCAGAAGGAAAUUGAUUUGGCCAGUCUCAUAAAUGUGACCAAUCCACUGAAAAUCAAACUUACAAAUGAAACGGGAAAUGCAAUAAAGCUAUACAUCUAUGUCACUGUGACUCCGCCAUCCGCAUCAGCUCAAUCGCUCAAAUCCUUUUCGCCACAAAAAUUGGAAGAAGAUGAUUCUUACAAGAAGCAAUCAUAUGAAGAAAUGUCAGUGGACUUAGCUUAUGACGAAAUAUCGGAUUCAAGCCUCAAUGAGCAUAAAAUUUACGCCAAAAUCUCAAUGAUGUCGGAGAAGCUUGCGAACAUCGAGGAUGAGAUUCUCAAAAAGACCUAUAAGUUGAGCAAGCUGAACAAGGAGAACGUAGCUGAAAUGACGAAAAUCAAAAACAAGCUGGAGAAGGACAUAGCCAGGAAGGAUGUUCAAAUCAAGGUUUUGUUAUCUCAGUUGGAUGAAUUGCACACUGUUCUUUCACUAUCGCAUCAAAGAGAGUUAGAGUUGACUGAAAAAAUACUCUUCAAUCCAUCCACACAAGAACGUUCAGCCUUAGGAGAAAGUGCCCUAUUAUCAGAAAAGGGAGGCAACGGUAACUUAGAAGGACUGGGAAUGAAAAGGGCUAAAAAGGAUGACUUGAACUACACCACUUCAUCAUCCAGCAAGUCCAUUUUGGAUGACAUUGAAACCAACAUGAAAGAUUUGCAACGUUUCAGAAGUGAAUUUGAGACUUUGAACGACCCCGGACAGAAGGUAGCCAGGUGCAGGGAGCUAAUUGAAAACUUGAACAGAUUAAAGAAAACCCCGAAACGCUUGACAACCAAGUCGUCCUUGAACAACAACAGUUUUAACAACCACACUUUUACUAGCAGCUCACACACUUCAAACAACUUCGAUUCAAAUUAUGGAAAUCUUUACGGUCUCGAUGACCCCCGAACCACGAAGGGCAGCGGCACUUUAAGGCACAAGAUACCUGUAGCAAACACGAGCAUAAGUAGACAUGGGAUGGUUCCUUUCGACAACAAGAAUUCCAGCAUGAAGGUAAAUGAUCUUAAGGGAAACACUGGCAGAAGUGAGCUCAAGAAUAGCAACGCGCUCACUGUACCCAGAUUAGUUGAAAGCAGUUCUUUGAGGAGUAAAAUUAAGGGAGGAGCUAUAUUCAUACCGAAGAAACAAGAAUUCGAAAAUUCUGGAGACGGCAGAAGUAUCAGUGCUCUAGAAAAGGAACUGGCUGAAACUAAGAUAAAGUUGGCGGAUUCGGAAACAAACAAUGAUGUGUAUUUGAAACAAAUACAAUCUAGCAAGAAAUAA